UCAUCAAAUUGCUCGCUCAAGCGCAAGCCACUCAAGCCCUCUGCCCUCCUCCUAGAAGCUCAGCACAAAGACCCGGACUGCCAACGAAUGUGCGACGUGCUUCAGCUCCAGCCCGCAGGUGCCUUCCUCCGACAGGCCUACAACCUCCAGCCCCUUCGUCUCCCCUCAAACCCCAUCGCGGUCGUGGGUAGCUGCACAGACAUCGAUGAAGCGCUGCGUCUGGAAGACAACCAGGACGCGGCGGUGACGUUAAAUGAGCCUACUGCCUGCCAGAUAAAGACGUCGAAUCAGGACGAGCCCGAGGAUUUCCUCACGUCUAUUCGUCGCGGACUCGAUGAGCUCAAGGCUGAAGAGGACGACGAAGACAGCGACGACGACAGCGACGAUGAGGGCUAUUACUACCAGGCCAGCAACGAGAACACGUAUUACAGUCCGGAUCAAAAGCUUCCGGGUGGUUUCUUGCUAGACGACGCGCUCGACCUGUCGGACACGUCGACAGCCUCGUCGUCACUCGUCCCGUGGGCCCAACAAGAGUCCGACGACGAGAGCGACAUGGAAGAGCUCAUCUUCCAACUCGACAUGUGAAAAGAAAUACCAAGAACUGUAGUGUAGAUACCAGAUCGUAACACUAUUUAUUUAAAACAAAGUGGCGAUGCCGAUUGAACACAAAACUUGACCGCUCCAUUCGCAUACGACCGUG